AUGAGGAUCACUCUUAAAAUCUGCUUAUAUUUUUUAUUUAACUGUAUCUCAGCUUCAGUCCUUAGUUCAGGCAUCUGUCAGCUCCAGGGACACUUCAAUUUGAACGGGAUGUUCCAGGAUGGAGAUCUUAUAAUUGGAGGACUGUUUGAAGUUCAUUUCCUCACAGUGUUCCCAGAGCUGAGCUUCAGAAAAGAGCCAGAACCUCCAUACUGUGAGCAGUUUGAUAUGGCAAGUUUCCAGCAGGCUCAGACUAUGGUCUUUGCUAUAGAUGAGAUCAAUAAGAAUCCAAGCCUGCUUCCUAACAUCACUCUCGGUUACUACCUUUAUGACAACUGUGUAAAGUUGGGAGUGGCAUUCAGAGCUGCCACAGCUCUCGUUAGUGGGACAGAGGAGUCAUUCUCUAACGUAAAAUGUGCUGGCCCACCACCAGUGAUUGCUGUUGUAGGGGAUCCUGGAUCUACUCACUCAAUAGCAAUCUCGAGUGUACUGGGGCUGUUUAGAGUGCCUAUGGUUAGCUACUUUGCAACCUGCUCCUGUUUGAGUGACAGGGAAAAGUACCCCUCUUUCUUCAGAACGAUCCCUAGUGAUGCCUUCCAGGUGCGAGCUAUGGUUCAGAUCUUAAAGCAUUUUGGAUGGACCUGGGUAGGUCUACUCUACAGUGAUGACGACUAUGGCUUCCAUGCCUCUCAGUCAUUCCACCAAGAUGUGCAGCUAUUUGGAGGGUGUGUUGACUUUUCUGAAAUGCUACCACGUGAUAAUAACCUUAGAGAUAUUCACAAUAUAUUGGCAGUGAUUCAGGCCUCUACAGCUAGAGUCGUGGUGGUGUUCUCCACAGAAGCCUACUUGUUACCAUUGAUGGAUGAGGUGGCAUUGCAAAAUGUAACAGGCAGGCAGUGGAUUGCAAGUGAAGCCUGGGCCACCUCACCUGUGUUUCACACUCAGCGUCUCUUGCCCUUUCUGGGGGGCACACUGGGUAUCGCUAUCAGGCGUGGGGAGAUCCAGGGACUUCGUGAAUUCCUGUAUUGCCUUCGUCCUGACAGCAAUCCAAGAAAUAAUAUGGUAAGAAUAUUCUGGGAGAACAUGUUUGGGUGCAAUUUUGAGACUGGAGGAAGAAAAAUAGAGGUAGAGGGGGAAAGAAAGGUGUGUACAGGGGAAGAAGAUCUGAUCAGCACAGACACACCUUACACUGAUGUAUCAGAGCUGAGGGCCUCUUAUAACGCAUAUAAAGCAGUUUAUGCCCUGGCAUAUGCGCUUCAUGACCUGAUGCAGUGUGAGGAGGGGAAAGGACCAUUUAGUGGGAACAGCUGUGCUGACAUAAUAAACCCUCAGCCCUGGCAGGUAGUCCAUUACCUACAGAAAGUUAACUUCACCACAAGUUUUGGGGACCAUGUGUCAUUUGAUGAGAAUGGAGAUGCUCUGGCCAUUUAUGAUGUGAUGAACUGGCAGCCAAAUUCAGAUGGUGCAAUAAGGGUCAGCACAGUAGGUGUGGUGAAUGAAGGGGCUACAGAAGGGAGGGUGCUCACACUGGAUGAGGAUGCAAUAUUCUGGAACUUUGGAAACAAAAAACCCCCAAAUUCUGUAUGCAGUGAGAGCUGCCCCCCUGGCACCAGAAGAGUCAGGAAAAAAAGCCUUCCUAUAUGCUGUUUUGACUGCCUGCCAUGUGGAGAUGGAGAGAUUUCUAAUACAACAGAUGCUAUUGAGUGCACACUGUGUCCAGAUGAGUUCUGGUCCAAUCCAAGUAAAGAUCAGUGUGUUCCAAAAGAAGUAGAGUUUCUAUCCUAUGAGGAACCUUUGGGCAUCUCUCUGACCACUGCUUCCCUACUCGGCUCAUGCUUCUGUGCUCUUGUGAUGGUCAUCUUCUCUCAUCAUCGAAACACUCCUGUAGUACGUGCCAACAAUUCAGAGCUCAGCUUUCUGGUGCUGUUGUCACUCAAACUGUGUUUUUUGUGUGUGCUGCUGUUCAUUGGCCAACCUCAGUUAUGGACGUGUCAGUUAAGACAUGCUGUAUUUGGCAUAAGCUUUGUUCUGUGCGUCUCCAGCAUCCUGGUCAAGACUAUGGUGGUAAUAGCUGUGUUUAAGUCAUCCCGACCUGAAGGUAAAAAUGCAAUGAAAUGGUUUGGAACAGCUCAACAAAGAGGCACAGUCAUGGCACUAACUGCCCUCCAGGUUGUGAUUUGCACAGUCUGGUUAACUACUGCAUCCCCAACACCCUAUAAAAACAGUCAGUAUAUUAACUCCAAAAUAGUAUAUGAAUGUGCUAUAGGUUCAGUGGCUGGUUUUUCUAUGCUGCUGGGAUACAUUGGACUGUUGGCAGCAGUAAGCUUCCUGUUAGCCUUCCUGGCAAGAAACCUUCCAGAUAAUUUUAAUGAAGCUAAAUUCAUUACAUUUAGUAUGUUGAUCUUCUGUGCGGUGUGGAUUGCAUUUGUUCCAGCAUAUGUGAGCUCACCAGGGAAAUAUGCAGUGGCUGUCGAGAUAUUUGCCAUUUUAGCUUCUAGUUUUGGAUUACUGGUGGCCAUUUUUGCCCCAAAGUGCUACAUCAUCCUUUUACAUCCAGAGAGAAACACUAAAAAAGCCAUCAUGGGAAGAGCCACUCAAAAGAAAUAG